GACGCCUCCGGGAGCGCCGCACGCCGCCGCCGGAGCGCCGCGGGGCCCCGCGGUGCGGGAUUGGGGCGCGGCCGCAGGCUCCGCCCGCCCGCUCGCCCGCCCCGCCCGGGUUGGGAGGUACGCCGCGGCCGGGGAUGUGCCCCGGCUCCCUCCGAGAGGGCGGAGAGCGCGAGAGGCGGAGCUGACGAGCGAGUCCAGAGCACGAUGUCAUCAGAGGAAUCGCAGCAGGAGCAGCUGUCUCAGUCAGACCCGUCCCCAUCACCAAACUCCUGUAGUUCCUUUGAGCUGCUAGACAUGGGUGUUAGCAGCUCGUAUGAACCAGUUUCUCCACAUUGGUUUUAUUGUAAGGUAACAGAUUCUAAGGAGAUAUGGAUUCCUUUCAACUCUGACGAUUCACAACAGCUGGAAGAGGCACACGGCUCUGAAGAUUGUAAUGAGAGAGUAGUCCCCACGGAUGGGGGCAGAUAUGAUGUUCACUUAGGGGAGAGAAUGCGCUAUGCUGUGUACUGGGAUGAGCUACCCUCAGAGGUGAGGCGGUGCACGUGGUUCUACAAGGGAGACAAAGACAGUAAAUAUGUUCCCUACUCAGAGAGCUUCAGCCAAGUUUUGGAGGAAACAUACAUGCUUGCUGUAACUCUGGAUGAAUGGAAAAAGAAACUAGAAUCUCCAAACAGAGAAAUUAUUGUACUACACAACCCAAAGCUCAUGGUGCAUUACCAGCCAGUGGCAGGGUCUGAUGAAUGGGGUUCAACAUCCACUGAGCAAGGUCGACCAAGAUCAGUAAAAAGAGGAGUUGAGAGUAUCCCUGUUGAUAUCCACGGUGGGGAACCUUUACAAAUAGAUCACUUAGUGUUUGUAGUCCAUGGGAUUGGACCAGCUUGUGAUCUCCGCUUUCGGAGCAUUGUUCAAUGUGUUAAUGAUUUUCGAAGUGUUUCCUUGAACCUGCUACAGACACAUUUUAAGAAAGCCCAAGAAAAUCAGCAGAUUGGAAGGGUAGAAUUUCUUCCAGUCAACUGGCACAGUCCUUUGCAUUCUACUGGAGUGGAUAUAGAUCUGCAGAGGAUAACCCUGCCCAGCAUUAAUCGGCUCAGACACUUCACUAAUGAUACAAUUCUGGAUGUCUUCUUCUACAACAGCCCCACCUACUGUCAGACUAUUGUGGAUACAGUAGCUUCUGAAAUGAACCGAAUAUAUACACUUUUCCUGCAGAGGAACCCUGGUUUCAAAGGGGGUGUAUCCAUUGCUGGUCAUAGUUUAGGUUCGCUUAUAUUGUUUGAUAUCCUAACAAAUCAGAAAGAUUCUUUUGGGGAUAUUGACAGUGAAAAGGAUUCAUUAAGUACUGGUGAGGAUCGAGGAGAUGUACCAACAUUAGAAGAAGAUCUGAAGAAGCUUCAACUCUCCGAGUUUCUCACUGUCUUCGAGAAGGAGAAAGUUGAUAAAGAAGCUCUGGCUUUAUGUACAGACAGAGAUCUUCAGGAAAUGGGAAUUCCCUUAGGACCAAGAAAGAAGAUACUAAACCAUUUCAGGGCCAGAAAAAAUUCAAUGAGCGUUAAUAGACCAGCCACAUCAGCUUCAGAGGUGAACAUCCCCAAGGAAAAUGGUGACUAUCCAGAUGUUGGCAUUGGGCAGGUAUCUGUAAAAUACCCCCGGCUCAACUACAAGCCAGAAAUAUUCUUUGCCUUUGGAUCCCCAAUUGGAAUGUUUCUUACUGUCCGAGGAUUAAGAAGAAUUGAUCCUAAUUAUAAAUUUCCCACAUGCAAAGGUUUCUUCAAUAUUUACCAUCCUUUUGAUCCUGUGGCAUAUAGGAUUGAACCAAUGGUGGUCCCAGGAGUAGAAUUUGAACCAAUGCUGAUUCCACAUCAUAAAGGCAGGAAGCGGAUGCACUUAGAACUAAGAGAGGGCUUGACCAGAAUGAGUAUGGACCUGAAGAACAACCUGCUGGGCUCACUGCGGAUGGCCUGGAAGUCUUUCACCAGAGCUCCAUACCCUGCCUUACAAGCUCCAGAAACAGCAGAAGAAACUGAGGCAGAACCUGAAUCAAGUUCAGAAAAGUCCAGUGAUGCUAACACAGAAGAGCCUUCUGUGGAAGGUAAAGAAGAGGUCCCUAUCAAUGUGGGAAUGCUGAAUGGAGGCCAGCGCAUUGACUAUGUGUUACAGGAGAAGCCCAUCGAGAGUUUUAAUGAAUAUUUAUUUGCUUUACAAAGCCAUCUAUGCUACUGGGAAUCUGAAGAUACAGUAUUGCUAGUUCUCAAAGAGAUCUACCAAACCCAGGGCGUCUUCCUUGAUCAGCCUUUACAGUAAAAAUGACCCAUCUGUGGCUGCUUAAUAUGGACAUUGAAAAUCCACAUGCUUGUUGCUGCAGCUUUCCUCUCAGCUACAUCACAUCCUGCAUGUUGCCUGCCUUACUCCACAGGGGCUUAGAAGAUAAUCCUUCUUGGAGAUUAGUGGAAAGCAGACAGAAGACUCAUGGCUUUGCCUAAACACUCGCCAGGUUCUGUAGCUCGGGAGUUAACAUCUUUUAAUGCUUUAACGGCAGCACUUUGUUUAUGACAUGGAAAGGAAUACAGGCUGUUUGGGGGCUUAGAAAAAAAUUUUAGAGAGGUUUACUCCUUACUCCUUGGACCAGUAUAUUCUUAAGAUUUAGAGGUAGUUUGAGGUCCAGUCAUUUUUGUUCUCUGCACUGGAAGGCUAAACAUAAAUGGAUAUGGAAAUGGCUGCUCUUUCUUUGAGCCCCCAUUUCUCUCCUGUGUGUAGUCUAUAGGAACAGACUGGAGCUGACUAACAGUAGAGCUUGCUUGGAACAUUGUCAGGUAGGCAUACUGUAGGAACCACUGCUGGUGCUUGUUCUUCUUAGAGCUGCUUCAGCUCCUACAAACCUGAGGACUGUAGGAGUUGUUGCCUGCCUUUCUAUACCAUAUUCCAAACUGGGCAUGAGGUUAAGGAAAUGACUUGGGAACACUUAUUUUGAAGUGAAGUUGUAAAAGUUGGACAACUUGAAUUUCUGAGGCCUUUCCUGACUGUUCAUGUUGUAGAUGAGAUCUUUUAGUCACACCUCUUAAGUUACCUGCCACUUCUGCUUGAGUAAAGGAAGUAUUGUGACAUAAACACCAUUGCUUCCUAAGGAAUCAUCAGUGUUUACUUGCAGUUGACAGUCAGUGUUGGUUGAGCAUGCCAAUGUGGGGAAAGACCACAUUCUGAAAGGAAACCCUAUCUAUGGGCUCUGAGGAGCAGCUGUGUGCACUGGUAGCUGAGUCUGGACAGUUCAAGGCUUCUGCUUCCCACUCUGCUUUAGGCUUUCUUUCCCCUUCCUCAGCAUGUGCUGUCAUCUUCAUUCUGUUCAUGGUGGUCCUCUAUGCUCCUCAAACCAACUCCUCAGAUUUUUUUUUUUUUUGUAAACCUAUCAUGAUAUCCAGAAGCACAGCAUUUAAUACUCAGAUGGCAGUGCUCUUCCCGCUUUUUGGUACAGAAAAGAAAGGGAGGUUAGUCAUGGUACCCUGGAGGAUAGAGAGGCAAGCAGAGGAUACAGUGAAAGCUGGCCUGCCUUUCUGCUUAUGGGUAAUGGUGGAGAGGCAAGCUACUGAGAAGUUCCAGGUGUAUGGAGUACUUUAUUUUUCUAUAGUAUCCCUCGAGUAAGAAUUACUGGGAAUUAAACAGCACUCAUUAAAUACUAAUGGUAAGUUUCUGUGAAGUUGCUGUCUUCAAAUUUGUUUACUCUUGUUAGCAGAAUUGUAACUGCUAAGAGUAAACCAAAGUACAACCAAGACUGAGUCUUGUAACCAAAGACGGGCAGUUUGGCCCUGCAAAGCUAGAUAAACCACUGCACUAAGAAAGGCUUCUUCCUGGAAACCCGGCAUCUACUAACUCAGAGCUUGUACCUCACCAUCCACUUACGGUGUUAUCAUGCUGUGUAUUACACAGGCGAGCAAGGUGGCUAGGGACCUGUGUUUACAGAUUUGCACUGCAUCAUUUGUAUCAUGUACAAUCUCUUGACCAAGGCUGUUUUUAAACUUUAGUGUAACAGCAUUUUGUACAUAUUCCUGGCUGCACAAUAGUGAGAGAUGUGUGCAAGGAGAGAUGAAUAGUACUGACUACCUUUCCGAUAUUUGCACUUUUGAAAUGUUUGUUUUCUAUGUGAUUAUAUUUAAAACUGUAGCAAAUGCUGAAAUAAACUAUUGACCAGUUACCUACA